AUGGCUACUGUUCAGUUCGGAAUUUUAGCCUUUGCUUAUCAAGUGAUUGACACAAUUGGGCCAAUCGAUCUCCUCUUCUCUGCGAAUAGGAUUGCCUUCCAGUUCAACAGAGAAUACGGGCCUGUUAGCGAUGAACUCAUAUCGCAAGCUCCACAGUUCACAUUCCACCACAUCGGCGUGACAGAAGAUCCCAUUGAACUAGGUACUGGUAACAUGACAAUAAUCCCCACAACAACCGUGGAUAAAUGUCCUGAGCUGGAUAUUUUGCUCGUCGCAGGCCCAUACUUGGGUAAUUUUGAGCUUCACCCCAAGCAUGCCGACUUUAUACGGAGACAUGUUGCGGCGGGCAAGCUACUCUUCACAACCUGCACUGGGGCUAGUGUCGUCGCAUCGACGGGUGUUUUGGAUGGAAAGACCGCCACUGUCAACAAUAUCGAGUUCGAAUGGGUUCGGAAUCGCUGGCCAAAGGUCAAUUGGACACGGGAGAAGAAGUGGAUCGUCGACGGAAAUUUAUGGACAGGGUCCGGGGCCGUUGCCGCAAUGGACAUGGUUGCCCAUUGGCUGAAGGAGAACUAUGGACUACCCGUACUUGUCCAGGCUGCCUCGACAUUGGACUAUGAGCCUCGGGAUGCAGAUGGUUUGUUCAAUGUUUUACCUCAGAGAUAUGGCACAAAGGGGGAGAAGAUUUCUACUCAUGUAUUCAAAUAUUAUACGGAGUCGUAG